GGACCAACAACGGACGGCUCUGAUCCCUCCUCUCCCUUGUGUGCACGCAGCAGGGCUUGGCAUCUACUAGAACCCUUGACAUUCUAAUCUCAAGGAGAAAGAGAGACCUGGAUUAUUAUUACUUUACUGAUAAUCCGUAGCAGGGCAGGCGUACAUAGUAAAGACCACCACUUCCUUGUUCACAAAGCCUAAGACAUUUUCUUCCUCUUGGUUCUCUGCCUCUUCCUUCCUUCCUUCUCAGGGGGCGGUCCUGGUCUGGUCGAUCGGAAUUACUACUUAAUUCGGAACCGGAGAAGAAGAAGAAGAAGAUAAGGAUCAUCCAUGGCGCAGGCGGCGGAGGGAGGUCUGAUCUACGGCAUGGUGGCGCGGGGCACGGUGGUGGUGGCGGAGCACACGUCCUACACGGGCAACUUCCGGGACAUCGCCGCCCAGUGCCUGCACCGCCUGCCGGCGGGGAACAACCGCUUCACCUACACCUGCGACAACCACACCUUCAACUUCCUCGUCACCGACGGAUACGCAUACUGCGUUGUUGCGACCGAAUCAGCUGGACGGCAGAUUCCUAUGGCCUUCCUGGAGAUGAUCAAGGAAGAUUUCAACAAGAGAUACGCAGGGGGCAAAGCAGCCACAGCUACAGCUAACAGCCUCAGCCGAGAUUUCGGGCCGAGGCUUCGAGAUCAGAUGCAGUACUGUACGGAUCACCCAGAGGAGGUGAGCAGGCUGUCCAAAGUGAAAGCUCAGGUGGAUCAAGUGAAAGGCAUCAUGAUGGAAAACAUUGACAAGGUCAUCGAUCGCGGAGAGCAGAUCGAUGGGCUCGUCACAAGGACGGAGCAGCUGCACGACCAGGCUGCUGAUUUCAGGCAGCAAGGUGCGCGGGUGCGUCGCAAGAUGUGGUACCAGAACAUGAAGAUGAAGCUCAUCGUCCUCGGCAUCGUCGUCGCGCUCAUCCUCAUCAUAAUCCUCUCAGUUUGCCAUGGCAUUUGCAAGUGAUCUGAUCCAUUCAGCCUUUAUUAGUUCAUUAGUUAGAAUGUUUUGGAUUCGGGGGGGUGCUGGUGGACUGUACAGGUUGGUUGAGCUUCCACUCGACAAUGCAUGUGUUAACCACAUCAACUCCAAUCAUCAUUACUAGUAUUUUCUUGAUUAUUCAAACCAGUAUAGGUUUUGCGCAUGGGUGGGUGUAAUAACAACGUGAUAUACGAAAAGAAAUAUACAAGAACAGGGAGGUUACAAAUCCUCCAAAGAUUUCACUUUC